CGGAGUCGGUCUCGAGAUACUUUCCAAAGCAUGCACACCUCAAGCACUGCAAUUCCGGAUUCCGAGCAAUCUAGGGCCCGCAGCCACAUGGAAAUUGAGGACUUAGUCGAUCAGCCAAACCGAAGACAUUGUAUCCGUCUUGACCCUAUGUACGAAGAUGGGACUUGGUUUAAGUUGUCGCAUGCGAUAACUAAAGCGAUAUUUCGGAUGCUCCAUAACUUGUUGGACAAACCGUAUGAGAGAUACUCAUACAUGCCGAGACACGAAAAGGAUUUAUGGCAUCGUACUUUCGCGCAAGAGUUCACUUGGGACCGCCACCAUACAACGAAUGUUCUCAACACUUUCGACAAGUAUGCCACUACCCAGUACUCGCAGCACAUGUACGAGUGGAAGCAGAAGUGGCUUCAGAAGAAACAUAAGCCAAAAGAUCUUGAAGACGAUGUUUGGAAAGGAUUUUGCGAGUAUUGGGAUAAACCAGCAACGAAGAAGCUUUCAACAACCAACUCGAAGAAUCGAAGGAGUGAACGGAAUGGGAAAGGGAUGUACAUUCACAACGGAGGUGCAAAGACUAUCGAACGAGAAGCGAUGGAAAUGGCAAAAAAAGCCGGUGGAAUUCCUCCGGAUUUUCUUGAGCUUUUGGAAAUAAGACACACAAACAAAAAGACCGGUGUUAUCCAAGAUCCGGAGAUUCGUGAGAAGAUUGAAAUCUGCAAAAAGAGGAAGGAGGACAAGAUUGUGGAACUCUCGCAAUUCAAUCCCGAUGGAUCGACUUCUUCAAACGAGAUACUCCGAGAAGAGAUCAACGACAUUGUUCUCAGUGAAAUUCGAAAAGUGAAGGGCAGAUUUGUCGGGUUAGGCGGACUCCCGAGCCAAGAGUCUUCUUCUUCAAGUUAUUAUGCCCCAUCUGCAAACUACAAAGCUGACAUAGAUAAACUAUCUCUAACGGUUAGAGAGCGUGAUGAGGAGGUUGCAGAGCUUAAGGCCGCUAACCAGUCAACCCAACAAGAACUAUCUGAUCUGAAAGCCGUUGCCCCUUGGAAGAAGGGUAAAGUUUUAGGGAUGAGAUCCAUCCAUGAUACCCCGAUCGCUACUGUGACUGGUCAUAUCCGGGCAAAGGAUCCAGUGGUUAUUCGCCAGGAGCUCCACCAGAUGCGGACGCAAUACAAGACGAAGAUCGACAAGUUGUACGGUUUCUUUGAUAUUUUGGGCGCCGAGAACCCGUUGCUCCAAGCACAGUUGGUCAGAUUGCGGGCAGCUGGAGUUCUCGGCGCAUCUUCUUCAUCCUCAAGGAGGCAACCAUCGGUGCAGACGGACGAGGAGAUGUUCCGGUCUCUCGGGGUUAAUCCUCCUAGAACCGGGGAUCAGGCGCUGGAAAACUCCAACCGAAGAGCCGGCAAGGAACCUGCGGACCAAGAUGGGGAGCAAGACGAUGCGGAGAUAGACAACAUUAGUGUAGAUUUAGGUCUUUAA